UUCAGACGAAUUUCGUUACCUCAUCUCCUUACACUUCACUGUAUCUAUAAUUCGCCACUCUCAAGUCUUAUCCCUGUCCCUCUCCAUUUCUCUGCUUGUCAAUGGCUACUGUCCUUAAAACGCCGCCCUUGAGGGCGCCACUCCCGCCUCGACUAAUGUACACCAAAAAUUUUUCAUUAAAGUCCCCGAACCCAUUUCGCCUCCCAAUUAGAUACAAAAGCAUUAGCACCACCGCCACCACCACCAAACUUACUUCUACAAAUUCCCUACAACUCGCUGCCAAAUCUUCUCUCCGGUUCGUAAAAUUAGUUCCCUUCGCUUCUGAAGGUGAAACCGAAACUACCCAGACCGAAGAAACGGUUCAGGAACCAGAAAUUCAGGACUCUUCAGACGGUGCUGUUGAGGUGGAAGAUGGUGCUGGUGAGGUGGAGGGUGGUGUUGGUGAGGUCGAGGAAAUUACCAGUGGUGAAGAGGUUGCUGAUGUUGAGGAAACAACUUCUUCAAUCAUCUUGACUUCACUUCGGUCCUACAGAGAAGCUUUGGCAAGUAAUGAUGAAGCAAGGAUUGCUGAGAUAGAAGCUUUCCUGAAAUCUGUUGAAGAUGAGAAGAAUGACCUUGGAAGGAAGGUGGCUAGUUUGAUUGAAGAACUGUCAACAGAAAAAGAUCGGGUUCUUAGGAUUAGUGCAGACUUUGACAAUUUCCGGAAGAGGACAGAUAGGGAAAGGCUUUCACUGGUAUCAAAUGCCCAAGGGGAAGUUGUGGAGAAUUUGCUACCUGUUUUGGAUAAUUUUGAGAGAGCUAAGGCCCAGAUUAAAUUGGAGACUGAAGGAGAAGAGAAGAUCAAUAACAGCUACCAGAGCAUAUAUAAACAAUUUGUAGAAAUUCUAGGUUCACUUGGUGUUGUCCCUGUGGAGACAAUAGGAAACCCCUUUGAUCCAUUGUUGCAUGAAGCAAUUAUGAGAGAGGAUUCAACAGAAUUUGAAGAAGGUAUCAUACUUCAGGAAUUUCGCAAGGGAUUCAAACUCGGCGACAGGCUCUUGCGCCCAUCGAUGGUGAAAGUCUCAGCCGGUCCAGGUCCUGCAAAGCCUGAACAAGCAGAGUCAUCUGCAGAAGUUGAGACUGCAGGUGAAACCAGCCAAGAGGGCAGCCCAGAACCAGAGUCUGCUUCCUAAAUAGACACGAUACUCAACCUUGACUCAAUUUUUGUAAAAGCAUAAGCUAUAAUUUUGUGAUAUCAGUAGGACAUUCAUUGGUUUUACUUUUUGGGUUGUGAUUGCUCAGAUGAAUAUUUUUAAUUGCAAGAUUAGAGGAUUUGAUAUUGAGAGCAAAGGGAAAUAUCACUGGGAUAUGGGCACAUUUUUCUGCUUCUGCAAAUAUCAUUAGACUGUGAAUGAUUUCUCUGCAGUAUUAUUGAUGGGUGAUUUUAUUUCUA